AUGAACAUAUACCAAAAGCAGCAAAAGAUUUUGAUAUUCCUCUGUGAACGCUGGAGAGAUAUUGUGCGAAGGCCAGAAAGGAAAUCGGUGUUCCGAUCUCUGCAGAAGAAAGAGGCUAAUCUAAAUAUCGGUUACACAAACGUACGGCAAGUAUUCAAUCCUAAGCAAGAGAAUCUAUUGCUUGAGUAUCUCAUCAAAACAGCGUAUAUUUACUUCGGACUUUCGCCAAAGGAAGUACGAAAACUUGCCUUGGAAUAUGCAGUAGGUGCCGAAAUCAAAACGCCGGUGUCGUGGAUCGAAAAAAACAUGGCCGGAACUGACUGGUUCAGCGCUUUUUUAAAAAGACAUCCGACACUUUCAAUCCGAACUCCUGAAGCAACUUCUUUGGCUCGAACAAGCAGUUUUAAUCCAGUCAACGUUGGAAAGUCUUUUGAUAAUUUGGAGAUAGUCCUUGCCCGAGAAUCAUUCGAAGCUAACGACAUUUGGAACGUCGAUGAGACCGGAGCUACUACAGUCCAAAAUCCAAAUCGUGUAGCCGCUCGUCGUGGCUUCAAGCAAGUUGGAAGAAUUACAUCAGCAGAACGUGGUUCUUUAGUUUCAGCGGGUGGAAACUCCAUUCCUCCCUUUUUUAUAUUUCCAAGAGUAAAAUUUCACAACCAUUUUAUACGCGAUGCUCCCACGGUUAGUGCAGGAGAUGCCAACCCUUCUGGAUGGAUGAACGAAGAUGGGUUUCUCAAGUUUGCCCACCAUUUCGUUAAACAUGCUCGCCCUUUGAAGCAGCGACCUGUGCUACUCUUACUUGAUAACCAUGGCUCACAUUUGUCGUUGGAUGUCCAUAAGCUGCAACCAUUGGACCGCACAGUAUUUGGGCCAUUCAAAAAAUACUACAAUUCCUUUGCUGACUCCUGGAUGACGUGUAAUCCAGGAAAAACAAUGUCUAUUUACGAUAUACCGGAGGAUCCCUUCUCAAAGCAAACCAGCAGAAAGCGGCCCUAUGCUAAUCGCAAUGACUGCGUCCCGUCCCAUCAGAUGAUCCCGAGCAGCAGGGUUGCCAGUCCACCGAAAACACUAUCCACGGCUACCGGUACCGAACACCAAACCAAGGCCUCCCUUGAUUGGGAUUCACCGAGCGUUCAAACGGGAACGGUGAAGCGUCGGCCUUGCUCGCAGGGAUCCAAAGAAGCAACGCCUACUAGCUGCUCACCGCCCGCACACCAUCAGCCGUUUACCAUUGAGAUCGAUAUAACAGAGACAAUUGAACGGGAUGAGGCUCAGCAAGGCGUUCAGAGUCCGGCCAUCAGUGCCGCUAGAGAGAAGAAAGAAGCCAGUGUUCCUAAUCGAGGAAACAUGAAAAGCAGUGGAAGUGCCGUGAAACAGUCGAAAAUUGCAGUGCUUCGGCAGAAGGCUGACGACGCCAAUAGGAAAUUGAAAGGAAAAAUCGCUGGGGAAGAACUAAAGAGUCCCCCGGCAGCAACGAAAAUAUCCAUCUUCCAGAAAACAUCUAAUCUACUAGCAAAAACAACCAACGACAAUAAAGCCCCACCUCAGUUACAGCAAAAACUUAAAAACAACAUAAUCCCCCCAAAAAAGCCAGUCAAACAAUCAACUGUCACCGGCGGAACGCUGGAAAGAAGAGAAAAGCAAACCUCCGGCACAGCAUCGAACGGUGGUCGCAGCCAGAAAAAAGUUUCCUUUAUCCCUAGUCUCUCGGUCGAACCUGGUGGUGGACCCGAAGGAGGGAGUGCCUCAAUCAAAUCCAGCACGGUGAAAGCGAUUGUUCGGUCCCGGCAGCAAUCGCUCAGUGACACCGGCGGCGUACAGUUUAAAGAACUUUAUCGGGAUUUUCCGGCAUCGGUUGGCGGGAGUGAGUCGACCCUGUCAGACGCGGAUCAAGUUCACGCUUCUCCACCCCCGUUGCCACCGUACCGAGAACCACCAGCGCCUCCAACGCCUCCAGUGUACGACACGGUAGAAGUCAUUCAGCAGGAUCUAAUUUCAAUGGAACCUGUCAAAAGGAAUGAAGACAUCGUACCGGCAGCGAAGGAGUCCACCACCAAGUCCAAGCUGAAGGGAUUCGGCCUAAGCAAGUUGAUAUCAUCCGCAGGGUCGGGCGAGAAGAAAGGUAAUAAUUAUGUGACACUGCCACCCUCGCCGAAAAUGAGCAGAGCGUCUCCCAAGGGCGGUUGUGAACUGCCAGCUCCACCAACACCUCCCCCGCCGCCAGCACCGGAGUCACCGGUGAAGAGCUAUGGGUCUCCGGAUGAUAUUCUCACCAAACCGGAGUUUUCGUCUCUGCUGUUGAAAAAUUUGCCCGUAAGACAGAGAAAGGGUGCGGUUCCUCAUUUGGAAAACUACUGUCUGUUUGAUCCUUCGGUGGAUUUUUUCAACGAGAAAGAACACAAAAUGAGACCUAUUCCGGAGUCCGUCGAGCUGGCGGAUUCCGUUCUGUAUCAGAACCCGCUGAUUUAUGAUGCCAUCGAUUGGGACUCGGACAAUUAUUUCACCCUUGAACCUGAUGGGUUCGAUGUGGAAGCGAAAAACAGAUUAUCGCUGGAAAAGGUGGAAGAGAAAAUUGAUGAAAUUUUCAACAAGACACGAACCUCAUCGUCUUCUAGUGGUUCGAGUCCCGACUAUCCAUCGAUGGUAAAUUCGGUGAUUGAGACCCCGUCAUCAAAUCUGGAAUCUACCGACGAAAGUGAUUAUGGUUUUCGAAAUCGAUUGAUAGACCAGUUGAAAGUAGUUACCAAAUCAAUUUCCGGUUCAAUCAACGGGGACCAGCAGGAAUCUUCGUACUAUGGCGUGGUAACUAAAACAGCUGUCAGUGAGUUUGGUCGGCUCCAACGCCAGUCAGCUUCCCUGCCAAAUUCACCCCUGCAACAAAGAAAAAGUGAUGAAUCAUCAUCCUCUUCACCACCCUCCAGUUCAAAAACGACGGAUUCGUCCUGCAACGAUGCUUCUUCCGCCCUCGGGACACUCGGCUCUGAUGGACCGUCUUCCACCAGCCCACCACCGCCAUCGGAACUACCAUUUACCAACCAAGCAUCCCUACCGUCUUCGAAGGUGACGAAAAUUAAAUCAGAUCCUUCUUCCUCCACCACCACCACCAACAGUAGCAAGGUUAAUUUUCUCCCUCUCCUGUCCCAUCCGGCCUUUUCAUUAGAAUCCCUGAAAUCCAGCGUCUCCCUUCCUCACUUACAAAAAUCCUUCACCGGGGCAAUCAGCAAAAACAACUCGCACCCCAACCACCACCACCACCACCAUCAACCUUCCCUAACGCCCUUCGCUGGCACAGCAACCCGUAAUGGAUCUCUCGACGCCACGCCACUCUUCAGUCGGCUUCGCAAACAGCGUCCACUUUCGAACCAUAGUGACGCCGACAGUGGCUUCCUUAGUCCGGUUACGCCGCCGGAUUCGACCGGGCACAGCACCGUCGUGGUUCUGGAGCAGUGCGAUAACAUCCAGGAGCUGAUCCAGAUAACCACCAUCCCAUCGCAGCAGGCCUCUAGCGUACGCGUGUCUGCUGCCACUCUCCACCAAUCCAAUGGGAAUCACUUUCAUCCACAACCCAGCCAGGGAGCAGCAGCAGAAGAUGAUUGCGAUUCCAUCUGUCUUUUACGGAGCCACGUGCCGCUCAUACAUCGUCGUUUUCUGGGAUAA